CAGACGAACUGGCAGUGAAGAGAUAGAUAGAGAUGACAUGAAACGGAGCAAGCAUAUGGAAUAAGAAAAUCUUUCCUUGUUUUUCACUCAUUCUUCAAAUGUUCCGACACAGGUUUGGGAAAAAAAGUUGUUUUCUUCGAGAUCUUUCACGAAGUUGUGUUACAAGUCGUACGGCCUUUCUGGGGUUCUCUAUGAGUUGAACAUGAACCCAACAGGCGUCAACUUUUCAGUUUUUUUUCCCACAUCUUUCAUGGGACAAAAGAAAAACCCUCAAGCGCGAGUCCUUCCCAGAAGAAAGAGAAGAAAUCUUUGAUAAAGAAAAGAACGGUCAAACCAAUUGCCCAGUUGCUUAGAUCUAUCAUGGGGAGAGGAAAGAUCGAGAUCAAGAGGAUCGAGAACACGACGAACCGUCAGGUCACCUUCUGCAAGAGAAGGAACGGGCUGUUGAAAAAGGCCUACGAGCUCUCCGUCCUCUGUGAUGCCGAAGUCGCCCUCAUCGUCUUCUCCAGCAGAGGACGCCUCUACGAGUACUCGAACAACAACAUAAGGUCAACUAUAGAGAGGUACAAAAAGGCCAAUUCAGACAGUUCAAACACAAGCACUGUCACAGAGAUCAAUGCUCAGUAUUACCAACAAGAAUCUGCAAAGUUGAGGCAGCAGAUCCAAAUGCUACAAAACUCCAACAGGCACUUGAUGGGUGAUUCCUUAAGUUCACUCUCCGUUAAGGAGCUGAAGCAGCUGGAGAAUAGGCUCGAACGCGGCAUCACAAGGAUCAGGUCAAAGAAGCAUGAGAUGUUGCUGACUGAGAUCGAGUACCUGCAGAAAAGGGAGAUUGAGCUCGAAAAUGAAAGCGUGUUCCUCCGCACGAAGAUUGCCGAGGUGGAAAGGAUUCAGCAAGGUAACAUGGUUGCUGGCCCUCAGCUUAAUGCAAUGGAAGCAUUAGCCUCUCGCAAUUUCUUCCCUGCAAACAUGGUCGAGGGCGGAGCUGCCUACUCACACUCCGACAAAAAAGUUCUCCAUCUCGGGUAGCUCAUCAGGCUGGCUUGGAUUGAAGUAUAUCCUCUAUUUCUCAAGAACACAACUGUGCUUUAAGAACUUACCGUAAUGUAUGUGUGUGCGUACUCAUUUAUAUUUUGACCAUAUCGAAGCAGCACUUCCGAAUCUUUUUGUCCUUCAAACUAUUACGAUGGCUAUGCUGUUGUAUGAUCAUUUCGUCAUGCAGUUAUCACCAAAGUGUAUUUGAUGAACAUUAUGCAGAUCAGCCUGUGCUUUACGGUGUGUUAAGGGGUGCUUCACAAGAAGCACGGUAUGGUACAAUCA